AUGAUGGUCGUUGAGUUGGUUGAGGGUGGCAGCCUCACAAGCAUGAUUGCCAGCGAGGGCAGGCUUGACGAGCGCACCUCUCGCGACAUCGUCCGGCAGGCGCUCGCAGGCAUAAAGUUCAUGCACGACAGACAGGUUUUGCAUCGCGACUUGAAGUGUGACAACAUCCUGGUGCGCAGGAACGGAGCCACGGGGGACCUGGACGUGAAGCUCAUCGAUUUCGGCAUCGCCCGAAUAUUUUCGGGGUCCUAUGUGCAGAGCUGCGUCGGAACAAUGGAGAUCAUGGCUCCCGAGGUCGUCCGCGCGAAGCUGAUGCUCGCGCCCGGAGGUGAGGACGCGAGAAUAACUCAGCACGCCGGUCCGAUUCGCGUCCCCCCGGGAGCUGUCCCCGGGCUUCGGCCUUGCCACGGCCCGCCCCGAUGGGCGGGGGGCGCUGGUCAGCGGCCUGGAGCCAGGCGGCCAGGGCGAGGUGCACGGCGUCCGCGAGGGCUGGGCUGUCGCGAGGAUCAACGGCAUCCGGAGGUCAUGGAGCUGCCUUUCCUGCCAGACCCCGAGGCGCCCGGCGAGCCCUCGAUCGUGGGCACGCUGCAGGGCCUGGAGUCCGCCUUCACUGCGGAGUUUCUCGAGCUGCCGAGGCGCCAGUUCACGGAGGCCGUGGAUUUCUGGGGUCUCGGCUGCGUGCUCUACACGAUGUUGGCGGGGAAGGUGCCAUUCGAGACCGAGGCGAGCAUCCUCGACGGCGACUUCUCGCGGGACCCGAUCGCUCACUGCUCUGGGGACGCCAGGCACUUGAUCAAUAUUUUGUUGAACGUGGACCCCAGCGAGCGAGCUGGUUGUGGCCAAGUCGAGGCCCAUCCUUGGCUUGCUAAUAACGCCUAA